AUGACGCCAGCCCCAAGAAACCCCUUCUCGCCGGGCUUCCUGCACGCCGACGCCCACGCCGCCCAAUCGACGCCAGUCCCGACGUCUCCCGAUGGCAUCUUCCAGAGAUAUCUCUUGCCACUGAAGAAGAGGGCGACGACUACGAGCGACGGCAGCAGCGCCGACGAUUCAUUUGUGGUCCCGCCGAAGAAGAGACGGGUGGUGGACACCGUGGGCGAGGGCACCGGCUCCUGCGCGAUCCCGGUUCAGAGCCGGCCGAGGCGAUCGGCGGCGUGCAACGUUGCGUACGUGAGCAUGGAGGAAGACGAAGCCGGGACGUCGGCGGCCGGGGCGAAGAAGAACCGGAACAGGAACAGGAAUAGCAAUGGCAAUAGAAAGAACGGGCCGCAGCCGGCGCGUGACGCCGCCCCGCUGGUCAACAGGCCGCUGCACCUCAGCGAGGCGCAGCGGCAGCACCUGGAGACGCUCGGCGCCACGGCCCCGCAGUUCGUCAUCAUGAAGAGCCUCCAGAUGAGCGACGUGGACCGCAACCAGAACCGGCUCCUCUUUUCGUGCAAGCGCGAGUUCCUCGAGGGCCACCCCAUCACCGGCAUCCUAGCCGAGAAGGAGACGCGCCACGUGCACCAUCACCGCGGGCUGAGCGUGGUCGUCCAAGACGACCACAGCAACCAGUUCAAUUUCACGCUCAAGUACCUCGACUCCAACGGCGGGUACCGCUUCAUUGGCACCGGCUGGAACGACUUCGUGUCCAAGAACAAGUUGGUGAAGGACGAUCUCCAUUUUGUCAUCGAGGUGUGGGCGUUCCGGUCGCCGGAGCUGCCCGGGCAGCCCAAGGUUCCCGGCAUCGAGGGGCUGCAGGGCCACCCUGACGGCGCCCUCGGGUUUCUCCUCCGAUUACAUCACGACGAGAGCAGGGACGUCCACCGCGGCGGCGAGGAAGAAAGGGAGUUUGCGCCGCGGCCGGUCAAGCAGAAGAAGAGGCAGGCACCGGCCAAGGCGGUGCGAUCAAAGAAACAGCUUGCGGGUGCGCAUGUGAGUCAGGGCGAAGCCGUGGCGCGGGACGUGACUAGGGCUGAGAUAGUUGAGGCGGUUGGGGAGGAAAUGGCAGAUGCGUUGUUCGGGCUGUUGAUGCUAAGGUCAAGUGCCCCCGACAAGAAUUUGACGCAUGACACUCAGACCGUAUCGCACGCAUAUAUAGAUUGUGCGAUUCCAAAUGGCUCCCAAAACUUUGGGUCCUGA